UCCUAUGUCGGAAAAUGCACACGCUCCUUCUCUAGAAAAGCCAUCACCGUUAGAUCCCAACGGCCGACGGUCCAAGAUCUAACGAUGCUGAGAUCACGGCGUUCGCGCUCCCGUCACAGCGCACAAGCAUGCGCCGUGAUGUCCGCCGUUCUCCUCCUCGUAUCAGUCUCUCUCCUCUACACGCGCCUCUCACUCUUCUCCUCCCACUCCCCAACCCACCUCCGCUCCAGCCCGGGAGAAGACGCCGUACUGUUCCCAGACUCCCUCCUCGUCUCAGACUCCGACGUCGUGGAAACCACCGGAGGGAGAGGAUCCUCAACCUCGACGGAGGACAGAAUCGACGAGCACGACGACGCGAUCGAGGAGGACCGAAACGACGGCGCGUCGAACGAGGACGACGAGAACCAAGACGCGGAGCAGGAGCGAGAGGUGACGGCGGAUCCUAACCGGAGCAAAGCUUCCUCUUCCGGUUUUUACUUCGAUCACGUCGACGGAGUCGUUAGAAGAGCUUUCAACAAGAGAUCGAUCGCCGAGUGGGAUUAUGACUACACGGGCUUCAGCAACGACGACGAAUCGAGUGUAAAGUCUCAAGCUUUGUUCGGAUCUGACGAUGUUCCGUUGGACGAAGCGAUUAGGAAGAAGAUGGUGGAGGUUGCGAGUGUUGAAGACGCGUUGCUGUUGAAGAGCGGGAAGAGAGUGUCGCCGUUGAGGGAAGGGUGGGGAGAUUGGUUUGAUAAGAAAGGACCUUUCUUGAGGAAGGACAGGAUGUUUAGAUCGAAUUUCGAGACGUUGAAUCCUUUGAAUAAUCUAAUGCUGCAGGAUCCUGAUGGUGUUGGGGUUACUGGGUUGACGGCUGGGGAUAAGGUUGUGCAGAUGUGGAGGUUGAGUGAGGUUAAGAGAGGUCCUUUGACGGCGAAGAAGCCGUUGAGUGUUGUGGAGAAGAAAGAACCAAAUGGGAUCAAGAGUGGUGAGCGUAAGACGUUGGACGAUGAUAAGAAGGUUGGAGUUGAGGAUGAGGUUAGAGAACAUUUGUAUGCAGAUGGGACUAGAUGGGGUUAUUACCCUGGUUUGGAACCGGGUUUGUCGUUUUCGGAGUUUAUGGAUUCGUUUUUUAGGAAGGGGAGAUGUGGUGUGAGAGUGUUUAUGGUGUGGAACUCGCCUGGUUGGAUGUUUAGCGUUAGGCAUCAAAGAGGGCUUGAGAGCUUGCUCUCUCAGCAUAAAGAUGCUUGUGUUGUUGUUUUAUCAGAGACCGUUGAGCUUGAUUUCUUCCGAAGCAGCUUUGUGAAAGACGGUUAUAAAGUUGCUGUCGCAAUGCCUAACCUCGAUGAGUUGCUGCAAGACACUCCUACUCAUGUUUUUGCUUCUAUAUGGUUCGAUUGGAGAAAGACAAAGUUUUAUCCUACUCACUACAGUGAACUUGUCCGGCUAGCUACCCUUUACAAAUAUGGAGGGGUUUAUCUGGAUUCUGAUGUCAUAGUUUUGGGUUCGUUAUCAUCACUGAGAAAUACUCUUGGUAUGGAGGAUCAGGGAGCUGGUGAAUCACUCAACGGUGCUGUUAUGUCUUUUGAAAAGAAAAGCCCGUUCUUACUUGAAUGUUUGAACGAGUACUACUUGACAUACGAUGACAAGUGUCUCCGAUGCAAUGGAGCUGAUCUCUUGACUCGGGUAGCUAAACGGUUUCUUAACGGGAAGAAUCGGCGUAUGACUCAACAGGAGCUGAACGUUCGGCCGUUCUCUGUUUUCUUCCCAAUCAGCUCACAACAGAUAACAAACUAUUUUGCAUAUCCUGCAACAGAGGAGGAGAAAUCCAAGCAAGAUGAACUGUUCAAGAAGAUCAUCAAUGAGUCUUUAACGUUCCAUUUUUGGAACAGUGUGACUUCCUCUUUGAUUCCUGAACCUGAGAGUCUUGUUGCUAGGUUGCUUGACCAUAGCUGUCUCCGAUGCUCCGAUGUAUUAUAAACGUUUUUUUUUCAUUUGGUAAAACCAUUUUAUUUUUA